AUCUUAAUAAGACCAGCCGUCUCCGAUAUAAUCUCGUCGCGUUAGAACGAACGGGGGAUCUAUUUUCUCGCGGCGGAGGGCGCUUACGUAGCGCAAUCGCGGCGACACACGGUUAUUGUUGUGACAGAAGUGUAUUGCGGAAUUUGUGUGUUCCCCGAAAGACUCCCGAGCGUCGUCGCCGCCGCUUUCGUCGAGUCAGCGCAAUUGUCGGGAAGAGAGCGUGCGAAAAACAAGAUCGAGGGCGAGUGAGCAUCGUUGUGUCGCGAUCCCCACGCGUAAACGGGGACGAUGAAGUUCCAAUACAAGGAGGAGCACCCGUUCGAGAAGAGGAAGGCCGAGGGCGAGAAGAUACGACGGAAAUAUCCGGAUCGAGUGCCUGUAAUAGUUGAGAAGGCGCCUAAAGCAAAAAUUAGCGAUUUGGACAAGCAGAAGUAUUUGGUACCUUCUGACUUAACAGUCGGCCAAUUUUACUUUUUAAUUCGUAAGAGAAUCCAUUUACGUCCGGAAGACGCUCUGUUCUUCUUUGUCAACAACAUCAUUCCACCAACAAGUGCUACCAUGGGCUCUCUUUAUGCGGAACAUCACGAAGAGGAUUUUUUCCUAUACAUAGCAUACAGCGAUGAGAAUGUGUAUGGUCAUUAAACUUCCUGGGAUGAGCAAAUCGUCAAACCGACAAAGGAUUCAGCAACCAAAAUCUACCAUCUAUCAAUGUAGUCCUCAUAGAUGCUUUUGAAAACUGAGCAUACAAAAUUACAUUUAUCAAUACUUUGCGUGACAUUUUAUGUCUUGACACUGCACAUUUGCUUCCUCCAAAGAACUACAUAACUCUCUUGUGAUGAUAAGGAUGCUUCUUGUCGGUUACAUUCUACCAUCUCUAAAAGGGCUUAGUUCAUUGUAUAAUUUAAGGACAACUAAUCUGUGCAGAAUUAUGUGAUCAUGUAUAAUGUCUAGCCUAGCCAUAAAAAAAAAAAAAUUACAAAAGUCUUUGUAUUGUCGAUUACCAUUACUACUUGCUGUCACAUAUUGUGUUUUAU